AUGGCCUAUCGCGACGCUCGUGCCUGGCGUCGCGUCGCUCUUGACUUUGCCAAGAUCAACGCCAUGGCCGCCAGUCGCGUCCAGAACCUCGUCGCCGCAUCGCUCCGAGAGGGUAAAGCUGGCGGUGAGAUUGGUCGCCAAAUCGAACGCGAGCUCGAAGAAGCCACACGAGCGGUUGCACAGAGACGCAACUUCAUCCAGGAGCAAGACCGCAAGGAUGCCGAGGCGGCUGCUUCUGGCAGCUCGCAGCGUUCGUUCGGAGACGCUUGGGCCGAUGUGCUCGAUCCGUUUCAUGGCACAGGCUUCUUCUUCGGAUCUCGAGAGGGGCGUCGCGGCUCCGACCUGGGCGAAUACGGCCGCUGGAAGCCGUCCAAGGUCACUCGUCACGAUGACAUAUCGUCCGCUUCCACCGAUGGACUAGCUUUCAAGGCUUCAGAGCCCUGGUCGCGCUGCAAGGCAUCUGACUCGGCUCCAAACACUCGAACUGCUCAGCUCAAAUGGCAGCGUGUGGUGGGCCCCUCUUGCGCUGCUCCUCCCGGCACGGUUACGGGGACUGCUGUUGGCAAAAGCGCGACGGCAGCUUCAUCCGCAAAGGACGCCGAUGCACAGACCGAAGCUCGCGAGGAUUGGAUCGGCGAUGUUGACCUCGCCAUUCGCGAGCGCGAUCGCAAGUCGUCGCUUUCUGCGGGCGCUUCCGAUCAGGCUGCUGUCGACGCAUUCUCACGCCUCGAGUCCGAAGUGGCUAUCGACGCCGAGCAGAGCGUCUUGACGGAGCACAAGACAGGAUACAAGACUGUCAGAGACAACGAAGAAGAUCAUCUCCUCCCCGUCUCGGACCUGUACAUUGCCACCAAUGGCCAGAUUCGAGAAACGCCUGAGGAGCCUAUCAAGCGCAGCAUGGCUAUCUCAAAGCUGAAGAGGACCAGAAUUGGUUCCAUGCCCACAAAGAAGCUGGCGACGGAUGCCGACAAGUACUCGUACCCGAUCUCGGACGAGUUCAAGGAUCUGCACGAUAUCUUUAUCGCUGCUUGGGACGACAACUUUGCCGGUCUGUCGACCGGAGCAGCUACCGAGACCUGCCCUACUCUUAAGUCGGACGACCCCACGCAGGGCGGCAAAGCCAAGCCGAACCGCGCUCUAUUCGAGCAGCUGCGCUCGCAAAGGGCACAGAAAGGCAAUGUCAAAGCUGACGCCAAGUCGAGCUCAGAGGCAGACGAGAUUGAGUUCAUGGCUGAGCUCAUGUUCCCGUCUGCUGCGCCUAAGGAGUCGACUGCAUCAAACAAGCCCAAUCUCGUCGAGACAGCCCCUACGCCCGUCUUCGAGAAGCAUGAGCCGGCUAAGCACUUGGACGAGAUGGAGGCCGAGUUGGCGAGCUUCAAGUUAAAAGCCAACGACCUGUCGGAGCGCCUCGAGACGAUGCGAGAAAUGUGCCACGACCUGACGGACGAGGCGUGGAGGCGCGAGAAGACGCAUCGCAUUCAAGUGGAGCAGCUGGAUCACAAAAUUGGUCUCUUCACCGUGUGGGCUGAGGAGGUGCAGCGAAGGCUGGGCCUCGAGACGCCGCCUUUCUUUGCUUCGCUUCGCAAGCCUCUCAAGAAGGAAUAG